AUGUCUUCCCAAAAGGAGAUCCAAGAGGCCGUCCAAACCACCACCACCGCCGAACAACAGAGCGAUAAUGUGGCGCAUGCGCUCGCCGGAGCAGGUGGAGGUCUCCUCUCCAUGGCCUUGACAUACCCGUUGAUCACCCUGUCCACACGAGCACAAGUGGAGAAGAAGAAGGCGUCGACAGGCACAUUGGAUGCGGCGAAGAGGAUCUUGGACCGAGAGGGCAUUACCGGACUAUAUGCCGGUUUGGACAGCGCCUUGUUCGGCAUCACCGUCACAAACUUUGUGUACUACUACUGGUAUGAGUUCUCCCGCGCAUUCUUCCAGCGCACGACCAAGAAGCUCCAGCUGAGCACGCUCGAGUCCAUGGCAGCCGGUGCUCUUGCGGGAUCUGCGACGGUCCUCCUCACCAACCCCAUCUGGGUUGUCAACACCCGCAUGACUGCUCGUGAGAGAGAGUCCACGGUUCUCCCCACCAAGGAGGGCGAGAAGCCAAGAGUGACCAACCAGCCGGGCACCAUCUCCACCCUCAUGAAGAUCAUCCGGGAAGAUGGCCCACUGCGUCUUUUCGCAGGUGUUCUGCCAGCUUUGGUCUUGGUCAUCAACCCCAUCCUGCAGUACACCAUCUUCGAACAAUUGAAGCAGGCGGUGGAGAAGCGACGCAAGGUUACGGCGACCGAUAGCUUCCUCAUGGGAGCUUUGGGCAAGCUUGCUGCCACGUCCAUCACAUACCCAUACAUUACAGUCAAGUCCCGUGCACACGUUGCAAGCAAGGAGGGUCCUCAGAUGGGCAUGACCGCGACUCUAAAGAAGAUUUACAAGGAGGAAGGUGUUGGCGGUCUCUACGGCGGCAUUGGACCAAAGGUCACACAGUCCGUCAUCACGGCUGCCUUCCUCUUCGCAUUUAAGGAUGCGCUGUACGAAAUGACCCAAAAGGCUCGCAGGACCGUCAAGGCUUGA